UUAGUCAAAAAAAUCCCCCACUGCCCCUGUGUCUUUGUGGAGAUUUCAUCUUCUUCAAAGAAAAAGUGCAAAAUAAUGAGCAACUGUGAUUCUGUAUAUGUUGUAGUGUCCAGAUCCAAUCCAUUCCUAAUCAAGUGUUUCUUUUGGACUUGGAUGCGCUGCAGACUUGCACAUUCAAGCAGCUUCAGGAAUCUAUCUUUCGAUGGAGCGACCAUCACAGGUGACCAUAGAUUAUCGAACUAUUGGGAGUGACUGACGUCAGAGAGAUCUACAUAUAAUUUUGGUUAUGUUUGCUGAUGUUUUUUCUGCAGAUGUUUAAAGACAGUGCCGUUUGCUUGUUAGUAAAUGUUUUGUUGAGUUAAGUUUUUUGUGUAAAGGUCAAAGAAAAUGGGAGACAACGAACCGAAAUCGCCUGAGACCAGGAUUAGUCCGAAGCCUAUUUCACGAAAAUCUCUACGGGAAUUAAUUCAAGAAAAGAGACAGGAAGCAAAGAAAGAUAUCAGGGAACCAUCCUUUGUAGAUGAUCCUUACGGAAACACUAGCGAUUUUAAAGGCGUGUUUAGAAAAGAAACUGCUUACUGUUUUGUUCCAAGUGAUGAACACUAUUCACUUUGGGAUGCGAAACAUCCGGAAAACCCUCAAAGAUCGCAUGCAGUACAUCAGGCAGUCGAAGCAGUCUAUAAUAGAUUGCAGGAUUUAACAGAUAAAACUACAGAUAUUGAUGCAAAAUGUUUAUUGUCUUUAGUACAUACACCAGAGUACAUUUUGGAGAUUGAACAUCUCUGUAGUCAAGAAUCUGAGUCUCAGGCAACUCAAUACGACAGUAUCUACUAUAACGGACUGCUGUCCAAUAAAGCUGCUAUAAAUGCGGCGAAAAACACACUAAACAUGGCUAAAAUGGUGGCGGAAGGAAAAGUGCAGAAUGGAUUUGCUAAUGUCCGGCCACCCGGACAUCACGCAACUCCACACGUCCCAAACGGCUUUUGCCUGUACAAUAAUAUCGCUAUAACAGCUAAGUAUCUGUUGGAAAAUAAACUGACUGAAAGAAUUUUAAUUGUCGACUAUGAUGUUCAUCAUGGACAAGGAACGCAACGUAUAUUUUACGAAACGGACCAGGUUCUUUAUUUUUCAAUUCAUCGAUAUGAGUAUGGAAAGUUCUGGCCAAACUUAGAAGAAAGUAGCUUUAAUCAUGUGGGAAGUGGAAAGGGAACAGGGUAUAAUAUAAACGUCCCACUUAAUCAGACUGGCUUAACAGACUAUGACUAUCUUAGUAUUAUUCUCAACGUUUUACUUCCAGUUGCCUAUGAAUAUAAUCCUGAUCUUGUAUUGGUUUCCUCUGGAUUUGACAGUUGUACAGGUGAUUUUAAGGGUGAAAUGAAUAUAACACCAGCAUUUUAUGCGCAUUUAAUUCAUAUGCUUGGAGGUUUAGCUGGUGGUAAAAUGCUAGUUGUUUUGGAAGGAGGGUAUUUUCUUCCCAGUUUGGCUGAGGGUGCUUUGCAAACUGUGAAAGCUCUAUUGAAUGAUCCCAGUCCUCCUUUAGAGUACCAUAAAAAUAUCAACAGCUCUGUAAUUGAUAGCAUUAAUAAUGUUAAAGUGGCCUUAAGGCCAUAUUGGAAAUGCUUUAAUCAAGUCGAUCCAAUUAGCCCUAUCACAGAUAUCGUUCGCUUCGAUAGGUUCAAUUAUCAUGUGGCUGUUCAUAGAUAUUUCGGAGUUGUCCCAGAGCCUCCAUUUCCGACUUCAGGAGGAAAUCCCCUCAAUAGUGAAUCUUUGUUCUCUAUGCAUGACAGUAAAGUAGUCUAUUUAAGAGGAAAAUAUAACAGUCUCCAGAAUAUAGUGGGAUAUAUGGAAAAUAUUCAUUCAGCCGGUCACGAGCCUGGUCCAGGGCUACGCAUCCAGGAAGUACAAAAACGGGUUCAGGACAUAAUAUCCAAAUUCAUUGAGUAUGAACUGUUGAAGGAAUUGAAACCAGUUGAAUUUCAUCACGAUCGAAGCUAUCCAUCAGUUGUGGAAGACGUUGAAAGGUUUCUUCAGCUGACCCAUUCUGCUGACUACUUGGAAAUGCUAUGGUCUUCCGGCCCAAAGCCCCAGCCCGAUCUGUACUGGGACACAAAGUCCAGAAAGGCUUGUCGGUUUUCUUGUGCCGUUUUGUGCCAACUAGCAUUAGAAAUUAAACGCUCUUCAAUAGCACAUGGAGUGGGAAUUGUAAGACCUCCGGGGCAUCACGCAAAAUCUAACAGCGGAGGCGGUUUUUGUCUUGUUAAUAACGUGGCUGUGUCCGCAAAUUACGCGAUUGACUGUCUCGGUUAUAAAAAAGUUCUCAUUAUCGACUUCGACGUGCACCAUGGAGACGGGACUCAAGAGUUGACUUAUUCCAAGGACAAUGUCAUGUAUAUAUCUCUUCAUAGAUUCGAUGGGGGGAAGUUUUUCCCUAAAGACCCCGCUGGUAACUACAUGUACGUAGGAGAGGAAAAAUCAGCGGGAUAUAACUUAAAUGUUGCAUUUGAAAAUGCAAAAAUGAGUGACGCAGAUUACUUAUAUACCUGGAUUAAAAUUGUUUUACCUUUGGCCUACUCGUUCAAUCCGGACAUAAUUUUUGUUUCUGCAGGAUUCGAUGCUGGCAUUCAUGACCCACUCGGCCACUAUAAUGUUCAUCCGGAAACAUUCGGCCACCUUAUUCAGUUGGUCAAGUCGGUAGCUCCGGUAAUAUUAGCUCUCGAAGGCGGUUACAACCACACAACUACCUCUUUGGGUAUGGUUAAUUGUGUUAAAGCCCUUCUGGGGCAUCCGCUGCCAUUUCCAACCAUAGGGGAUGUUAAAAGAGAGGCUGCUCUUGCCAUGGCUCAAUCAAUAUCCGCUAUAAAACAAUAUUGGCCGAUAAUGGAAGUUAACAAGAAGCUUGAUCCAGUUAUACGUAGUCAGAGUGAUUUUGAUGAUGCAACUAAACAAAUGUCGAAAAUUGCAAUUACUUUAUAAUUUUGUUUCGUUCGUAACUCGUUUUUAAACUCUGGUUUGCUUCCAUCCUAAUUUUGACUUGCAAACCUUACAAAUUAAUUUGUACGUUAUAUAUGUUAAUAAUUUAAACCACCAAACUUGGCAGCGGGUAAAAUUGCGCCAAUUUUCUAGUUAUUUUCUUGUUUUGAGUCGCAUUAAAAUCAUAUUUUAGCGGUUUUGCCAGUUGCCAAAUAUCCUUAUCUUCCUACUAGCUGUGAUACUAAAAUUCAUUUUAAUAGAAAACAGCUCAUUAGGUUAAUAUUUCUACAGGUACCAAAGGGAGUGUUGUCAUAGAAAUCUCACAACGCAACUAAUGUUUUAAUUCCUUAGAAGUAGCGUAAAGCUUUUAGCAAUAUAGGCGGUAUUAACAAACUGCUCGAUUUUAGAACUUCCAUUUUAUAGUUUGUGAUAUUUCCCAAAUGACCAAGAAGAAGCAUUUUCUUUUGUUCAUAUAAAAGAAACUGAUUCUGUAGUCUGUAGUUGGCUCUUGCAUUGAUAUUUUACUAGAAAGCAAUUAUUAGAGACGAACUGCUUCCAUGUAAUAUUACAUUCCAAUGUUAACAAGAUCGUUUUUAUUUUUAAAUAAAAGUUGGAUUAAU